GCAUGACGUCACACGCUUCCCGCAGCCAGGUAGCGAAGUCCAGCGUGCAGAAUGAACACAACUCUCGCAUAAACGUCACGAAUCUCUCUAGUAAACGGAUUCACAAGCUGGUAUUUUGAGUAACGUUAAAAUCAUGGCAGAGAAACCUCAGCUGGUCAAUGAUUCACCAGAAGAUGUUCAGACUGAUGACUGCAUGAGCUCAUACACGCAUAUCUACAGUCCUGAUCUGCUCAGUGGUCAGGUGGCGUUUAUAACUGGUGGUGGAUCAGGUAUUGGUUUCAGAACUGCAGAGGUUCUGAUGAGACAUGGUUGUGACACUGUCAUUGCGAGUAGAAACCUGGAAAAACUCUCUGAGGCAGCAAAGAAGUUGUCCAGUGGCACAAACAGACGCUGUUUGCCUUUAGCAAUGGAUGUCCGUCAGCCAGAGACCAUUUCUACUGCCGUGGACGAAACCCUGAAGGAAUUUGGACGCAUUGACAUACUUAUUAACAAUGCAGCAGGUAAUUUCCUAUGCCCUGCUACAUCACUGUCCUUUAAUGCAUUUAAAACAGUAAUGGAGAUUGACACCAUGGGAACUUUCAACACCAGUAAAAUGGUAUAUGACAAAUGGUUCAAGGACCAUGGAGGCUCAAUCGUGAACAUUUCUGCCACACUGGGGUACAGAGGUCAGGCCCUCCAAGUGCAUGCUGGGUCAGCAAAGGCAGCGAAUGAUGCCAUGACACGACACUUGGCAGUAGAGUGGGGCCCCAGUGGUGUGAGGGUGAACACGGUUGCACCGGGUCCCAUCUCUGGCACAGAGGGAUACCGUAGACUGGGUGGUACUCAUGCUGAGGCGGCAGGAGCGUUCCAUAGCAUCCCUUUGCAAAGAGCCGGCAAUAAGACUGAGAUGGCGCAUGCGGUUCUUUUCCUGGCCAGCCGUGCCGCUUCAUACGUCACUGGGGCUAUACUGGUCGCUGACGGAGGGGCGUGGCUUACCUCGGCCAAUGAUGUGGAACGGCUGCUGGGUAUAAUCUCAUCUCGCUCUGCAAAACUUUGAAAAGUCAGCACCGCACGCAGGUGUUUGGUCCGCAGAAAAAAGAAAGGAUAAAUAGCUCGACCAGAAUGGAUGGAUAAACCGACUGACCAGAUCAUUUGCACAUUUCAUAAAAUACACAAGGACCAUCAAUCAGCCGUACAUGAUUAAUAUGGUUUAUUAAGUAUUGUUAGUCUAUCAAACACAAACAAGUCAACUUUUAUCAGCAUAGCACACUGCAAAAAAUGAUUUAAGAAAAAAAUUCUUAGUAUUUUUGUCUUGUUUUAAGUAAACAUUCUUAAAUUAAGAUGCUUUUUCUUGAUGAGCAAAACAACCCAAGAAAAUAAGUCUAGUUUUUAGACCAAAAAUAUCAAAUUUAAGUGAUUUUGUGCAUAAAACAAACAAAAAAAUCUGCCAAUGGGGUAAGCUAAUUUUUCUUGAAUUUUUCUUGAAUUAAGUGUUUAAGAAAAAUGUGUAAGAUUUUUCUGCUUACCCCAUUGGCAGAUUUUUUGCUUGUUUUAUGCACAUUUUUUGCUUGUUUAGACUUAUUGCUCAUUAAGAAAAAGCAUCUUAAUUUAAGAAUUUUUAGAUAUUUUUACUGAAAACAAGAAAAAUACUAAGGAAUUUUUUUCUUAAAUCAUUUUUUGCAGUGUAACAUUUAUUGAAAAAAAAAUCAUAUCAGCAGAUACCCUUGAAAUGUGCAUUUCCACCUGCCAAAUGAGUCAACAUCAUUUCAUUAAAGGUAUUAAAGGGACAGUUCACCCAAAAAUGAAAAUUCUGUCAUCAUUUACUCACUUUCAUGUUGUUAUAAACCUGUAUAAAUGUCUUUGUUCUGAUAAACACAAAGGAAGAUAUUUUGAGAAAUCUUUGUAACCAAGCCAUUUGUGACCCCCAUUCACUUCCAAAGUAGGAAAAAGAAUACUUUGGAAGUGAAUGGGGAUCAUGAACUGUUUGGUAAACGAAUUUUCAUUUUUGGGUGAACUAUCCCUUUAACUAAGUCCACUUCAGUAGUGACAAUUUCCUGUUUAACCAUACUUUCAAAAAUAUGUGAUAAUAAUUUUAUUAGUUUAUUUUUUAUUUUCCCCCACAAAUAAUUGUAUUCACAUAUACGCUGUAAUAAAUCGUUUUGUAAUAAUAAAUGAUUUUACCGUUUUCCAGUCUA